AUGUCUCAUCAAGGUGAAACUAUUGUUAUCGUUGGCGCUGGUGUCAUAGGACUAUCCACGGCCCUUCGCAUCCAAGAACAAACUCUUACACAACAAAGCCCACCGUCUAUCGUCAUUGUCGCACGAGACUUGCCCAACGAGACGUCCAUCAACUACGCUACACCAUGGGCCGGCGCACAUUAUCGACCAUGCCCAGGGAACACUCCCCAGCUACUCCAAGAAGCGGUAUGGGCGAAGAAGACAUAUGAUACUCUUGACAGUUGGUCUGAGAAAGACAAACUCGCCGCUGGUGUUGAAUUCAUGCCAGGAGAAGAGUUCUUCGAAAACCCAGCGCCUGAAUAUGUCGAUGCCACUAAGGAUGUAUCAAAAUCGGUCUAUGCUCACCUCGAAUCGAGCUUUGAGUUAUUAAGUAGCAGUGAGUUGAGUGCUAUAGGUGACUCCCUGCGACUGGGUUUUCGUUAUCGGACAUAUUCUCUCAACAGCCCUCUAUAUGCUUCAUUCUUGCAGCGCAGAUUUCAGAACAGAGGAGGUCGUGUAAGGCAAUACACACUUGCAUCUCUAGAAGAGGCUUUCUCGAUUGAAGUUUCUGUGUCUGUUGUGAUCAACUGCUCGGGCAUGGGCUUCGGCGAUCCGAAAGUAUUCCCCAUCCGUGGCCAGACAUGUCUUGUGAGGAAUCCAAUUUUCAAGACCAUAACACGCCAGAACUCGGAUGGGUCUUGGUCAUUCGCUAUCCCUCGACCCUCAGAAGGCGGCACUAUCAUUGGAGGCACCAAAGAGCCCAACAAUUGGAACCCCUAUCCUUCAGCUGAGACAAGACAGACUCUCUUGUCCAAUGCAGCAAAGUGGUUCCCUUUCAACAGCGAAGGUCCUGUAUCUGUAAACAGCAAGGAGUCCGAUCGCUUCGAUGUUGUCAGGGACAUCGUUGGUCGUCGGCCAGCGCGUGAAGGCGGCCUUCGCCUGGAACUGGAACAUCUCAAACCAGGUGUCGUUGUUCAUGCGUAUGGUAUUGGUGGUAGAGGUCUUGAGCUAUCAUGGGGCAUCGCAGACGAUGUGAUUUCUUUGGUCCAAAAGCAAGGCUAUUUCUCCUCACGAGCGCGUUUAUAG